AUGUCUACUGACGCGUACUUCGAAGAUUUAACUCACUGCUCGUUACUUGGCUUCCUGGAGCACAAGCGUCCAACAGAAAAAGACAAAGCCUACAGUUUGUAUAAAGGAACACUUAGUUUCAUUUCUAAAGACGAUACCAUCAAGCCAGAAAGAAGAACUCGCGCGAAAGCUUGUCUAAAACAUUUUAAGGUGAUGUUUCAUACUUUCUUUGUUAAAAUCUUUCCACUUGACCUUUGUGUCGUACGUCAAUGGAGACUUACCAUCGUCCUAUCCCAUCCUCUUGCGACCUCUGUGUCGUUGAGGGAGCUAUUUUGUUCGACCUCUGAGUCAAUGGGUGAUGGCCUCAGUGCUGGUUUGGAUUUCACGCUACCUCCUAACCUCUGUGAACAAGCUGAUUCAGUGGCAGUGAACCAAUAUUGGACGGAUCUGGAAAAGAAACAACUGGAGGAUUUGAUUUCUCUCGAAGAGUCUUUACAUGUUCUAGACGCGACAAAAGAUACACGAAAUCAAGGUCACUUACUACGAAAAACAGUUACAAAAAUUAUUGAAAAACGGAGUACCACAAACCAUAUACUUACGGAAAAUAACGCAUUAAAUUCAAAUCCUCUUAAUAUAAGAAAUGACAAUGUUUCUAAUGCCUAUUCUAAAGGCACUAGAUUGUCGUUAUUAUUUGAUGAAUCAAACGAAAAUGCCCUCGUGGAAUGUAUUGAUGAAAAAGUACUUGAGCAAGAGAAUAUAUUGCCACGAGAUCAACGAAAAAAUAUUGAUGCAGGCAUUGUUGAAUCUUUUUACAAAUAUCAAAAAACAAUUCCAAAAACCCGUAGAGUUUUCACUCCCGCAUAUUGGGGAAUUCUAGACUUAACCGAAUUUGCUGAAAAAAUUUCCUGGAAACCAAUGCCACCAGAAAAGAAUGUACGAGAAUACUUUGAUGAUAAUUGUGCGAAAAACGCAGAUGAUAAUCAUGACAUCGAAAAAUUAGAUGCAAAUAUCCAGUUUAUGAAAAGCGGUGCAUCUAAUUUUCGAGGAAUGAUGACGGAGGAAGAAUUAAAAAUGAGUUCGACAUUUCCUCUAUUUAGUGGGAUAUUGACAUCCGAUAAAAUUAAAAAUAUUUGGGGGGAAGUCCAAGCCUUAUCCACAAAUUAUGCACGUAAUGAAAAGGCGAAAGUAUCGGGAGGGUUAGGUCCUCUUGGAAUACCCACCGCCUGUCGUAAAAAGCGUUAUCUUGACAAGGUAAAGCUUAUGAUAGUAAUGCGGGACAGCAUAAAUAGGCUUUUAAGAGAAUGUAAUCACGUAGCAUUUGAAAAACGUACAAAUUUAAUUGUAUAUGGGUGGCUCCAAUUCGGUUUAGAAUUGAGCUUUUAUGCCAUGGAUUGGUCAGGAGCCGGUAUGUACAGAUUUGGGUUAGUGGACCGAUGCAGAUUACCGUCUGAUGAGGAUGAAUUUGGGAUACUUGAGGAUGCGUACUGUAUCCUUAAAUUGCUUGAAAACAAAUCACUUAAGAUCGAGAAAAGGAAACGAAGGCAAAUUGCAUCUGAAACUGAUGCGGAAUUGAAUGAAAACCGUUCCCCUAAAAGAUAG